UCCCUUCUUUUCUUAGGUCUAUUCCAGGUGAUCAGAGUCAUGCAGUUCUACAGCUCAGCCAGGGCAGCAGAUGAGAACUUUGACUAUUUGUUCAAGGUUAUCCUCAUUGGGGAUUCCAAUGUGGGGAAGACAUGUGUGGUUCAGCAUUUCAAAUCUGGGGUCUACACUGAGACACAGCAGAACACCAUCGGGGUGGACUUCACCGUGCGCUCCCUGGAGAUUGACGGCAAGAAAGUAAAGAUGCAGGUGUGGGACACCGCGGGCCAGGAGCGCUUCCGCACCAUCACCCAGAGCUACUACCGCAGCGCCCACGCAGCCAUCAUCGCCUACGACCUCACGCGGCCGUCCACGUUCGAGUCGGUCCCCCACUGGAUUCACGAGAUAGAGAAGUACGGAGCGGCUAACUUGGUCAUCAUGCUGAUCGGUAGGCGUCCCCGCGAGGCUCACUGUUUUCCUGACCAGCCCCCUCUGCGGGCGCCCGGCGUGUCGCGAGUUUUCCUGGGCAGGCGGUGGGUCGUGACAGCGAUGGACGGGACCUAA